UAAAACCAAGGAUUUGUUGCAUCAAGAGGGCGGCCAGCGAAGUAUUAAGACAGAGACCAAGGAAGACUGAAACAGUAAAGAGAAACAAGUUGGUCAUUCAAGGUAAAAUAAAUAGGGGGGAAAGUAGAAAGUCAAAUAACUUAAUUGGUUGAAAAACUAGACCGAAGGGAUAAUCAUUAAAGUUAUAACGAAACUAGGAAUUUUGAUCUAGCAUUCUAAUUUGAUCUCAGACAUCGACUUUCUUGUUGCGACCCUUGAUAAUCCCAAAGCUUUCCCCCGAACUUCCCAGACGUUCGGGAAACGCAGAUCUUCUAGAUGAGGCAAACACAAACAACGCGUUAUUCUCGCGAGUUGCAGACGAGUUUCUCGCACGACGUCCUGCCUCGCGAGAGAUGCGCGCUGCCUCCGGCUUUCCUACUACGGUACAGUACAUUUGGAAGGCUUGUCCCGAAAUCUCGCGAGAGCCCGUGCACAAAGCUGUGGGCAUCCCCAUAUCGAGUGUCCAGACCCUCCUCCAAGCAUCAGGACGCGGCGGGCGCCAUUUCAGGGAGCAGUCGGUUUUGCUAGAGUCGAGUCGAAACCUCCUUGUUUUGGAACUUUCUCGGCUUUAGCCUUUACCGGGUCCUUUUCGUGAGGCUGAGACCUCUCGCGCCGCUUUUCCCCCGCUACUGUCGCUGACGGAACAAUUUUGCCGUUUUAGGGGCCCAGCCGCCUCCACAAAACCUCCGAGCGAGCAAACAACAACAGCCCGCCUCAGAGACAGAAAGAGAGAGACACCUGAGCUCGAAGCGAGACCCCUGGCAGCGCAGGUGUUGUGAAAAAUGGCUGAUGAUAUUGAUAUUGAAGCAAUGCUGGAAGCUCCUUAUAAGAAGACUUGCCUAACGAUAUCUCACCUCUACUCCCAUGAAUUCACCUUUGAUUCCAGUGUGAACUGUCAAUCAUAAGGUAGUAAUUGAGUGACGUAUCGCUGUACCGUGGUCCCCCUAGGUAAAAACAAACAAACAGACAAACAAGAAACACUCCUAAAGACUACCAGCUCAAUUUUGGUAUAGCAACAAGGUGAAUGCAGUGGUUUGGGCAAAUAGCAGGGUUCCAAGAAUAACCUCUUCCACAAGUUCAUGGCGAGUAAAUCCUUAGUCUACUUAAUGCAAGAAGGUGACAGCUUUGGAAAAAAAGAUAGAUGAGUGAUUAAUCUUUAAUAGAACAGGUGGCAAUCAGUUGUUGUGUGAAAGACUUUUCCAAAAUUCUUGGAUCCCUGACCAGUUAACUUUUUAGUAAAAGUAUAUUGCUGUCUACGAUUCAUUGUCAAAGAGUAUUCUUCUAUUUAGUUAUAUAGUUAUAGGAAAAAUGAUAUGUCAACAUUACUGAAUAUUUAAUACUUAGCUUCAGAGUUAAAACGGACAGAAUAUAUUUAGUUUUUUCACCAAAUCUUGGUGGAACUGUUAAAUUAUGCAUGCAAUAGCACUGGCUUCACAAACCUGCAUAUGUAAAAUUUAGUAAUAAGUAGCAGUUGAACUCAUGGUGUAACUGGUGUGAUAACUACAAUAAACAUAACAGCAACUGUUAGUUCACUUUGGAGUAUGUUUAGUUCAGCUAUGCGGUAUAAACCUUGAACAAGUGUUUGUAACCUUUUAAAUUUUUAUGUUGUAGUUUUAUGUAAUAUUUAGUAAUAUGUAAUAUUUUGAAGUGAAUCUUAAUGUGUAAUUUUAAGAACCUUGUGUACUAGUUUAACAUGGAUAUUUUCCAUGUAAACAGGUAUGGAAAUAGGGAAUAUUUAGGCUGGACUGGUUGGAUUAUUGAUGACUGACUUGGGAGUCGACGUUACUAAAGCAGUGUGAAUCCCUGUUUGCUUCAGGGCGAGAUGUGUGACAGAGGUGGCAUCAAGCUCUUACAGUCCCAACCCUCCAACGAAAAUGGUCGAAGAUCUCAGGAAUGGCAUCGGUCACAGGAAAUCGAUAGUGGCUGGCUACUAGCAUGGCCACUUGGGGCUUAGGCAGAAAUAUAGCCUUGGAUGAGAACAAAUUGAGCAGUGCCAAUGGCCAUGAAGAGCGCAGCAAGAAGAGGAAAAAAUCCAAGAGCAGAAGUCGUAGUCAUGACAGGAAAAGGAGUAGAAGUAAGGAUCGCAAACGAAGCCGUGAUCGUGAAAGGAAAAAGAGCAAAAGUCGGGAGAGGAAACGCAGUAGAAGUAAAGAACGAAGACGAAGCCGUUCCAGAAGCAGAGAACGUCGAUUCAGAGGCCGUUACAGAAGUCCUUAUUCUGGUCCUAAGUUCAACAGUGCCAUCAGAGGAAAGAUUGGCUUGCCUCACAACAUCAAAAUCAGCAGACGACGAUCUAGGAGUAAAAGUCCAUUCAGAAAAGACAAGAGUCCUGUGAGAGAACCUAUAGAUAAUCUUACUCCAGAGGAGAGGGAUGCUCGAACAGUGUUUUGUAUGCAACUUGCAGCUAGGAUUAGACCAAGGGACCUUGAAGAAUUUUUCUCUACUGUGGGAAAGGUUCGUGAUGUACGCAUGAUUUCAGAUAGAAACUCCAGACGUUCCAAAGGAAUUGCUUACGUAGAAUUUGUUGACGUUAGUUCAGUACCUUUGGCAAUUGGAUUAACUGGACAGCGAGUGUUGGGAGUACCAAUUAUUGUACAAGCAUCUCAAGCAGAGAAAAAUAGAGCAGCAGCAAUGGCCAAUAAUCUACAAAAGGGCAGUGCAGGCCCUAUGAGACUUUAUGUCGGAUCAUUACAUUUCAACAUAACCGAAGACAUGCUUCGUGGAAUCUUUGAGCCAUUUGGCCGGAUUGAAAGCAUUCAGCUGAUGAUGGACAGUGAAACUGGGCGUUCCAAAGGAUAUGGAUUUAUUACUUUUUCAGAUUCAGAGUGUGCUAAAAAGGCCUUGGAGCAACUAAAUGGAUUUGAACUGGCUGGCAGGCCAAUGAAAGUAGGCCAUGUGACUGAACGUACAGAUGCAUCCAGUGCUAGCUCAUUUUUGGACAGUGAUGAACUGGAAAGGACAGGAAUUGACUUGGGAACAACUGGCCGUCUUCAGUUGAUGGCAAGACUAGCUGAGGGUACUGGUUUACAGAUUCCUCCAGCUGCGCAGCAAGCUCUGCAGAUGAGUGGCUCAUUAGCAUUCAGUGCUGUAGCAGAUUUGCAGACAAGACUUUCGCAGCAGAGUGAAGUAUUGGCUGCAGCGGCUUCAGUACAACCACUUGCAACACAGUGCUUCCAACUCUCUAACAUGUUUAACCCGCAAACUGAAGAAGAAGCUGGCUGGGAUACAGAAAUUAAGGAUGAUGUGAUAGAAGAAUGUAACAAACAUGGAGGAGUUGUCCAUAUUUAUGUAGACAAAAAUUCAGCUCAGGGCAACGUGUAUGUAAAGUGCCCUUCAAUAGCAGCAGCAAUUGCAGCUGUCAAUGCAUUGCAUGGAAGGUGGUUUGCAGGUAAAAUGAUAACAGCGGCAUAUGUACCUCUUCCAACAUACCACAACCUUUUCCCAGAUUCUAUGACUGCAACCCAGCUCCUGGUUCCUACUCGGCGAUGAAGAUGGAUUUAGUCAGUUUUGUACAUAGCUAUUUUUGAAGGAAGACUUGAGUUACCUUUUAUUUAGAUGAAAAAAGGAAAGGAUGUACAGUCCUUUGUGUAUACUUCCUGUUACCUUUAAACAAACAAUAAUAUAGUAAGCAGGAAUGCUGUGUGUUCAUUCUCUUGAUUAGCAUUCCCACUGUAUACAAAGCUGACUACUUGUUCUGCCUUGUAAUUGUACAUUUAGACCAUUUGGCUAAAAUGAGCUGUAGGAACAGAUGUAGCUUAUAGAAAAGAUUUUUCUGUAAAAGGUGGACAGGAUGAUUUUUAUUGUUUCACAAGCCUUUUCUUUGAAUGCAGGUACUGCAUUUGACAUCCACGUAAAUGUAGAUACUCUGCUAAAGGUUAAUAUCAGAUUUAACUGGACAUAUUUAGUGUGUUUUGUAUGGACAGAAAAUUCGAGAGGCUACUGAGUGAUUUUUGGUCAGCUGAUCUGCUCUUUUAAUGUUGACCAGUUGGCAAAAUCGAGAAGAUUAAAGGAUUUUAUUUCUAGAUGGUAAAUUUUGAUUGUUUCUGUAAAAGUUUAUUGUAAAUAAGGUGUAAGGUGUGUUUAGAAUGCCAAACAAAGCUAUCUCUGCAUUUCCAGAUUAAAGUUCCAUUGAUUGCAGGGAAUGUACCUAUUUGAAAGUUGAAGUAGGAAAUGCAGGAAUAUAUUUUGUCUGGUUGCAUAUAAUCUCUGCUCUUUUUUAAGCUCUGUGAGCUCUGAAAUAUAUUUUUGGGUUACUUCAGUGUGUUUGACAAAACAGCUUGAUAUUUCUAUCAACAAAUGACUUUCAUAUUGCAACAAUCUUUGUAAGAACCACUCAAAUAAAACUGUCUAAAAGGCCA